ACGGAAGUGUGAGAAUGCCUGAACCCGCCAAGCCCGCGCCCAAGAAGGGCUCCAAGAAAGCCGUGAGCAAGACGGCCGGCAAGAGCAGCAGGAAGCGCCGCAGGCCGAGGAAGGAGAGCUACGCCAUCUACGUGUACAAGGUGCUCAAGCAGGUACACCCCGACACCGGCAUCUCGUCCAAGGCCAUGGGCAUCAUGAACUCCUUUGUCAAAGAUAUCUUCGAGCGCAUCGCCGGUGAAGCGUCCCGCCUGGCUCACUACAAUAAGCGCUCCACCAUCACCUCCAGGGAGAUCCAGACCGCCGUCCGCCUGCUGCUGCCCGGGGAGCUGGCCAAGCACGCCGUGUCCGAGGGCACCAAGGCCGUCACCAAGUACACCAGCUCCAAGUAAAACAAGCUGCUCCAGCUUCAACAACUCAAAGGCUCUUUUAAGAGCCACCCAACUUCAUCAAAAAGUUAAUCUGCACCUUCAUAACGUCGACUGUGAGUUUUUCCCAGUUAGUUUUAAUUCGAGACGAACUCUCCAAGGAAAAGAAAUGGGUGAGGAUAUAUCUGGCAUGCUCUGUCAUAACUGUCUAAUCACUCAGUUCUUCACACUACAGUUUCUCCCCUCCAUAGCACCUUCAUACCUGCACAACACACAGAGGGAAAAAAACACACAAACACACGCGCGCGCGCGCGCUCUGUCUCCUGAAACACCAUAAUAAAACCAAAACAAGUUUUUAAUAACUUCCAAAAACGGAUUAUUUCAUAUUCCAUUUGUUAUAAGAGGCGGGUUAUUUGAAUAAUUACAUCACAUUGGCGGUAGUGUUAGCACCCGAUUCUUUUGUUGAAAGUCCAAGAAGAA